AUGACUAUGGCAUCCGCCAUGUUGAAAAAGUCGGAACGCGAGAAAGAUUCAAGAGGGAAGAGCACCAAGCCUGAAUCAGUCUCGCUACCAGUGCAAUUUCCGUUGACUACUAUUUCACAUGAAAGUUUUUUUGAACGAAUGAGCUCGCCGAGCACGUUACAUGUGACAAAAAAUACUGUCGGUCAAGGAUCAUCACGAUCUACUAUGGCCACCAGGACAGAGACAUGUACUUCACCUCAAAAUCAAGUUAAUGAAGAAACCGGAAAUGAGUCUGUUGAAAACAGAAAUUCUCAGAAUUUUGACAAUUUGGCCAAAUGCUUAGAAAUGUUGACGAACACUAUCACAGCCGGUUUUCAAGGACUUAAGUCAGACAUGGCUGAACUUGUUUGUGAGAAAAGUGACAAUAACUAUGUAGACAAUAAUUAUGAGUCUGAUGAAUUUUACUCUGAUGGUGAAAUUUAUGAGAAAGACAGUGAGUCAAAUACAAUGACUGUGGAUGAUUUAUUGUCAAAAACAAAACUGUCGGGCUCAAUAUCCGGUAAACCUGAUUCCAGGAAAAAUGAAAACGAAAGUGGGUCACAGUCGAGAUUUAUGAAAGUCGCUUCUGAACAAGUAACUUUGCAAGACGUUACAACAGAGCCCAUACACAAAGACUUAGCAAAACUUGUGAACGAUCUUAUGUUCAAGGUAAAAAUUGACAAAAAGUUGGCCGAACAGGUGAAAGAAUCUGCUGAGAAAAUCAAACGACCAGAAAAUUGCGAGAGUCUCGUGUGCACAAAAGUCGAUGAAUUGAUAUGGAACAGAUUACAAGUUCCAACCAAGUCGCUUGACAGCAGAUUUCAAUACGGUCAACUCUUUUUAGUGAAAAGUGUGACAGUACUUGUAAACAUUUUGGAUAAGAUUGUGUCAAACAAAGAUGUAGAAAAAGAAGAGUUAGUCAGAGAACUGAUCAAGACUGUUGAAAUGCUCAGUUAUUCGAAUUACGAACUCAACAUGAGACGAAGAGAAUGUUUAAAAAGUGACAUAGACAGUGUGAAUUAUUUGUCACUUUUUUCGUCUGGAGUUCCUAUAAACCAGUUCCUUUUUGGGGGAGAAUUGGGAAAACGCUUAGAUGAAAUUGAAAAGACCAAUAAAGCAGUCAAUAGAGUUAUGACAAGCAAGAAUAUGAGACGAGGCACCUUUCAUGGAGCUCGAGGUCAGAGAUUUCAACCUUACUCCAGACCGUCUGGGUCACAGGGCUAUUUCCGAAGCAGGAAUGUCCCUUUUUUAGGCCAAACUUCCAAGAGAGGGAAUUACAACAGGAAGUUCACAAAAGGCAAAAAGAAACAAGAAUGAUUAUUGAUGGGUGUCAUAAGUCGAGUGCUUCAAAAGAUUCAGAAGGAAAAGGCAGAGGGGGUGAUGGUAGUCCCUGUAUGGCCGACACAGACAUGGUACACAAGUCUGUUGGAACUGUUGGUGGAUGUUCCUCGAAUAAUUCAAAAAGAACAGGGCUUGCUGAAACUGCCGCAUUCCGAAGAGAAGCAUUCGAUGAAAAUAACUUUGAUGGCAUGUCGUGUGUCUUGAUCAAAUUCCAAGAACAAGGAAUUUCGCGAGACGUAUUACAAAUCAUCAAAGAAUCGUGGAGAGGAUCUACCAGGAGUCAGUAUGCAACAAUCAUUAAGAAAUGGACAAGCUUCUGUGGUGAAAGGAGUAUUCAUUUUUUUCAACCAACUAUAAAUGAUGUGUUAGAAUUCUUGUUAAAAUUAUAUAAGGGAAAUUUAAGUUACAGUUGUAUAAAUACUGCCAGGUCGGCAUUAUCAUGUUUUGUAAAGAUCGAUGGUACUGAUGUGGGGAAACACCCAUUAGUCUCAAGAUUCAUGAAAGGUAUUUUUCAACUAAGGCCUACUCUAUCUCGAUACAAUGAGAUUUGGGAUGUGGAUGUUGUUUUUGAUUACAUUAGAAAUAUGAACUGCAAUGAAAUGCUAUCUUUAAAACAGCUCACUUUGAAAACUGUUUCAUUAGUAGCCCUAAUUUCAUCCCAAAGAGUACAAUCUAUUCAUAAUAUAUGUUUGUCAAAUAUGAAUGUUGAUGAUUCAAAAUAUGUGUUUUAUUUAGGUAAGAUUAAACAAUCUAGACCUA